AACGGGAGUGAAGUUCACAGGACGCAGGAAAGUUCUCCGCAGACAAAUGUUUGGCGCUCUUCAUUCCGCCCAUGACCGAGUGCGCGUAGAAAUCCCCGAGAUCUGAGCUGAGCGGGCGCACUGAGGGCUGCACACUCGGAAACAGGCACAAGGAGAUUGAAGAGGCGCUUCUCUGAGGGAAUAGAGGAAGAGGAGAGGAAAGGAGAGAGAGAGAGCCAGAGAGACUGAGAUAGAGAUCCUAUCUCACUCUCCCAGUUGAGAUCUUCAGUGGAUCGCGCCCCAGCGCCUCGCAACUGCAGGACAAUGUCUAGUAAAGCGACUUUAGCCUUAAUCAUCUAUGGAAUCAUAAUGCAUUACAGCGUCAACUGCUCACCUGUGGGACUAAGCUUUCCCAGUGUUAGACUUGACAGUGAGGUUUAUGAUGAGGAUGGAAAUUCCUUAUCAUCCCUGGAUUAUGACAGAGACCAAAUGGAUGUGAGAAGCCCUCCGUCCGUCGCUGACGAUGUCUACUCUCUGUAUUACCCACCAGAGAAAAGAACGGAAAGGCAUGCAGACGGCAUGUUUAAUAAAGCCUACAGGAAAGCGCUGGGUCAGUUAUCAGCAAGGAAAUAUCUACAUUCUCUGAUGGCAAAACGUGUAGGCGGAGGCAAAUCACUGGAUGACAGCUCAGAGCCUCUGUCCAAGCGACACUCAGACGGCAUCUUCACAGACAGCUACAGCCGCUACCGAAAGCAAAUGGCAGUCAAGAAAUACCUGGCGGCCGUCCUUGGGAAAAGCCUUGAAGACAUAGGUUUUCAUCAUAUCCUACAAGACAUAGACUUUGAUGCCCUCCCGGACGGGGAUGAGUUUGAGACUUUUAUGGGAGACUGGCUGAAACAGUUCUCUCACGAAUUUCUGGUGAGUUUCAGGCUCUUGAUUGAGGCCCUGUCCUCGCGGGGGCGUCUCAUGUCCCUCCCUUUUCUUCUCACCUUCAACUCUUGUGAUCUUACUCCAAACACUCAAUCCCGACUCUUCUUCCACCUCAUUUGUGCUCCUGUCUCUCUAGAGUCUCAUAGAUUUUUACCCACCUAAUCCCACAAUGUGGAGAGACUUUGCUUAGACCGAUAUGUUAUACAUAUCAUUCUUGAUUGAUACAAAAGAAACGGAUUGAUCUGCGUCCUGUUUAUGGAUGCAAGGAUGAUAUUAUGAUGCCAAAAAAAUUUAUUUUAGCAGAUCUGGGUUAGACCAGAUGAGAGCCCUGUUGGCUUUAGAAACUUCUAAAAUCUGAGAUGAGGACCAGAGUACUUCUGAGGUUUUCUUGUCCUAUUCUUCUGCAGUGUUUACAGAGUGAGCUUACACCUCUGACUCAUGUAAAGUGCCAAUUCUUGUGUUUCUCUCAGCUGGUUUCUGUGUGUUUGGAAACAUCUUAUGCUGAAGGUUUUUUCAUGUCCCAUAUAAUAAGUAUCACAAACAUCUAAAGCACCAUCAAGCACAUAAAAAAAAAAAACAGCAUAAAAAAAACAACAAGAAAUGAUACUUGUUACAUGGUAACUUAUCCAUCGAUUUGUCCUUUGUGAGAGACAUACGAGGCAGUUUGAACUUUUUGUGUUUGAACCCUCUGGGUCUAUUGUGCUUCCCUUUUCUGUCAUGUGAACCAAUGUAAAAACUACAGUAGACUGCAUGAUUAAAGUAAUUGCACUAGCCACCGCAUCUGUGCAGACGACUCCAACUAGAUGGUUUUGCUUGCUUUCUGACUACUGCAAACAUACAUACCUGCCAUUUCUGGAUGUUGUUUUGUGUUCUGUUCUCCUCACUGACAUUUCUACACAAGCUGUAUGUUGAAUUGUGUCCUCCUUGGAAGACUUACCUGAAUGUACUUCACUGUUGGAAUUAA